AUGUUCGUUCGUCUGAUAAAAUUGUUUUUCUUCCAAUUAAUUCUGAGCGAAACUUUUACAUUUCAUCAAUCGUAUUUUUCCAUAAGUGAAGAUCGUUAUUUAUCCCUCUGGAUUGACACAACAAAAGAAGCACUCCAUUUACAUGGUUAUGACAUAAACGCACAAACUUGGAAUUCUUCAAAUUACGAAGCAUUUUCUAACUUUUCUUUUGCAUCAUCAUACCAGUACACAGACAUUCAUCGUGAAUUAGAUCGAAUAACGAAUAUUAUCGCAAUAAAUGCUUCUCAUAUUGUUUGUCUUGGUAUUAACAAAAAUAAUGAAUAUGAAAUUUUUCUAAUUAAGAUCAUUGUAUAUGUUUAUAGUAGUAUUAUGUUGUAUGAUACUAAAAUCCAAAUCUUAAAUGAACAAAUCAUUGAAAAUGGUGGCGAAGAUUAUAUUCUUGUUUUCGAUCGAAGACUUUCCAAUGAUGUUUACAUCUUUUCAUCAUCUGGAAUAAUUGUUUACAAUUUAGAAACAUAUGAAAUACAAAUUUUCCUCUCAAUUGAUCAUUCAUCUGAUUUACAAUAUUUUCGACAGAGAUUUUUAAAUAUCAUCGUUAUUAAUGAAAAUCAUUUGUUAAUCGCAACUGAACAUUUACCUGUUAAAGAAGAGUAUUGGAGCGGUCCUCGUCUUGUUUAUGUUCGCAUCGAUUUUAAGAAUUCAUCGUUGAAUUUCACAAUACUUGAUUAUAAAACCAUUCAUUUAACUGGAAUCGAAUGUGGUAACAUUGCAGAUAUUUCAAUUUCAAUGUCGAUAAACAUCUUCGGUGAUAUUCUGAUUGGAAUUCCUUCGUGUGAUUGUGUUUUCGUUUUUACUCUCGAUUUCAACAAAAUGAAAUUUGGAAGCAGCGUCAAAAAUAUCUGUCCAGAUGAUCUCGCAGAGGAAUUCGGUCAUUCAGUUCAAUGGAUUCGUGAUAAUAGUCGUUUGUUUGCCGUACUUUCUUUUGAUUGUGUAACGAAUUUCGCGAAAUCAGCAGUUUAUUUUUACGAUUACAAUGAUGAACGAUUGAUUAUUCAAAAUACAUUUCCAAAUAAUCAACAAGAAAUCGUAAAUGAGGGUGGAAUACCUUUUAUCUAUGAAUUAAUAUCUGUUAAAGAGAAUUACUUCGGAAUUGUUAUAUAUUAUAGCAGAGAAGAUUGGUAUUUCUUAUUAAUGCCAUUGGAAAUAGUCGGAGGAUAUUUUAUGAGUGGUUUCAAUCUUGAUUCCGACUAUUCUGAUACGUAUCAAUUAGGUAAAAUCAGUAUUUGUCCAUCUGGAAUGUAUCGAAAUUCCAAUCAAUUGAUUGGACAUUGUUCACAUUGUCCAUCAGGGGAAAAAUCUCCAUCAGAUGGAAAAGCUCAAUGUGAAAAAUGUAAAAAUAUGAAGAAAUGUUUAUCAUUGGGUACGAUUAGUGAAGAAUAUGAAUAUGAAAAUGUGAUUCAAAUUGUAAAUUAUCCAUCAACAUCUGAUUCAAAUUCGUUUGAUGAUAUUAUUUUAUCGAAUAUUUUUCAUUUUCGAUGUCUUUUAUAUUCUCCGAUAUUUUGGAUGUUUAUUAUUUUAUCUGUAAGUUUGAUUUUAUUGAUUUCCAUAAUCAUUGCUUCGUAUUUUCCGUCGACAUUUCGUUAUCGUUUGACAAUUCUUCAAAUCUUUUCUCAAAUUGAUUUAAUCGGUCAAGGUCGUCUUUGGAUUGGUGGAAUCGCCUCAUGUGGAAUAUUCGUAUUGAUCAUCUUUUCGACAUUAUUCAGUAUUGAAUAUCUUCAUUUAUAUCCAAUUGAAAAUUCGAAAUAUUCAUCAUUUUCCUGUGAUUCUCAUGUAUUAAAUGCAAAAUUCCGAAGUGGAUUACAAUUACUUGCUCUUCCAAAAAGUGAUGAAGAACGUCCAAUCUUUGAUUUACUUGAUGAACAACAAUUUACAAUUGUAAUUAAUUUCAUAAAUACAAUAAUUGAUUGUACACCAUCGAUAUUAAAUCUAAAACAGGUAAAUAAUCAUUUCUUUGUCACUCCAUCAUACAAUUGUUCAAGAAAUGAAACGAGCUCAACAUUAACAUUUCAAAUUGAAUCUUUAACACAUUUUGCACACACAAUUAUUGAAAUUGAAUCUGUUUUAUCCAUAUCAACGCUUCAAAUUUGUUUACAAGGUUCGAACAAAACAAUUGAAAAUGGUAAAUACGAAAUUCGAACGUUAUUUGCUUGUCAAUUCUAUUCUGAUGUAAAUCAUACAAUCAGUUCCAUUCCUCAUUUCGAUAUCAUUUUAACAAAAGUGAUUAAUCAAACAGAAGCAUUAGAUGAUUCUCAAACGAGAAAAUAUUCGGGUUUAUGGAUUCCAUUGUUUAAAGGAAAAGACAACGCGAAUAACAAUUCAAUUAGUCGAAUCGGAAUUUUUCAUUGA